AAUUCAGUAAGAUUCAAGAAGUUAUACAAAAGAGAAAAUGGCAAAUUUUGUUCUGCAACUUCCAAAUAAUCUGCGUUUAAGGAGCUUCACUGUUUCCUCCUCCUCUAAUGGGGCUACUCCUGGUGUGCCUCAAUCUGCUGGGCCAGUGAUUCUUGAACUUCCCCUUGAUAAAAUCCGAAGGCCACUCAUGCGUACCAGAUCUAAUGACCAGCAAAAAGUGAAGGAACUUAUGGAUAGUAUCAAGGAAAUCGGGCUUCAAGUACCUAUUGAUGUGCUUGAGGUAGAUGGGGUUUAUUACGGGUUUUCUGGUUGUCAUCGCUAUGAAGCUCAUCAGCAACUUGGCCUUCCAACUAUUCGUUGCAAAAUUCGUCGAGGAACAAAAGAAACUUUGAGGCACCAUCUUCGAUAAGAUCCUGCUAAAUCACUCUAAAUGGGAGAUGCAUGAUAAUGGAUCGUCCUCCAAUAUUGAUGAUAUGUAUUUAAUGUAAAUGUAUACAAGAUUUGCCAAUGUUUGAGGUGUUCAGUACCUAAACUUUGGAGUUUGUACAUUAACUUGGUUGAUA